CCUCAAAGUAGGGGUCUUGAAGGGUCGGCCCAUCACGCACCCGUACCGUGCGCCUGACCCUGCCCUAGGACCUUCACUUUAGCACUUUACCUACUAUCGAUUUCUCAAGCGCCAGAAUGGACAGCGGAUGGCCCGAUCGGCCGGCGAAGCGCCCGAGAUCUGGACAGUUACCCGCUAACGACCUUGAUCAAAAUGCUACUCACUUGUCCGACCUUCCAAGAGGUCACAGCUCCCCACCACAAGGGGAAUACCACGGAGCUUCUGAUGGCCCAGGACUUCUAUACCGCUCGGAGUAUGCGCUGUAUCCGCCGCUGAUUGAGUCAACAAAUAACCUCAGCACCGCGAACUCAGACGACAGGGCGUCGUGGAAAAACAACUGGGCCGAGGAUGAAACUUCGGUUGCAAGCUCCGAGUCUUCUAGCAGCAGUGUGCAAGAACGCUCAUUGGAGAUGGAAGAUUGCUCAUCUAGCUCAGACUCGGGGGGUGACUCUGAAGAAUCUGUUUGUUUUGGAAUGUUAUGUGACAUCCCUGCGAAAUUUUACCGAUCCCGCGGCCACAAUGUCGCCCACGAAAUUCGUGAGGUACUGGACUGCGAUGACGAUCCUGUACCAUUGAGUCUUGCGUGUGCUGAAAGCUACUGCAUGAUCAACACCGAACUGGGACAGUCGAUCGGAGUGCUCAACAAGAAGGCCAGCGACGCUUUCACCGAGCUCUUGGCUCUCGGUCCUCUCACCCUCCACGGAAGUUCCAAGCACUCGAUUCUUCAGGCUGGACUAGUGGAGUUAGAGAAGGGAGCCCCAUCGCCUUGCUUCGAGAUGAAUAUCACCAUCCUGGGUCCAGCUGAGAUCUCCGAGAAUGUGGCCCGAGUGCUUUCUACGCACCGGCUUUAUCUACAGCAUCCUGAUGUCAUAUCUGACUUCUGCCGCUAUGCCAACCCGCAAUAUCUUGAUAUGCCCGAUUGGCUGGAAGACGAGGCGUGUGAUGGGCAUGCUAAAGAUCUUGCCGGCGAUAUGGAUGCUAGAGACUCGAAGAACCCAUCACGGCAUCCGAGAGACUUGUUGGCCCUAUUUGACGCUCUCUCCGGAAUUAAAGACCUUAGACCAGCGACUGCAGACCCAUGCAUAACGACGCAGCUCAAGGAAUACCAGCAACACGCCUUGGACUUUAUUUUGGGCAGAGAGUUCGGAGACGACACCAAGUAUGUUAGCCUCUGGGAAGCUACCCGACCCCAUAAUGGGGGCUUAGUGUAUCGCCACGCCAUCACAGGAUCCAAAAGGCCUACUCCAGAGGAUAUUCGCGGUGGAAUACUAGCCGAUGAAAUGGGGCUGGGAAAGACCUUAACCAUGAUCUCGGCAAUCACAACGACGUUGAGGAAAGCAAAAGAGCUAACCAAGCCCUUGCAAGAAGCCGGCGACCCUGGCGCUCUGUUCAAGUCAUAUUCGACGCUCGUCAUCGUCCCUUCUGCAUUGCUCAUUGAUGGGUGGGUCAAUGAAAUUGAGAGACAUACGCAGCCCGGGUCAAUAACAUACUCCAAACAUCACGGCCCGCAGAGGCGACUUGACAUCAACGAACCUCUCCCCGACGUAGUCCUAUCCACAUAUGGCACAGUUUGCGCGGAGCUUGGUCGCAGCCAUGGCAGCAUUCGCCAGAUCCACUGGUACAGGAUCGUUCUGGACGAAGCUCAUGUUGUGCGAAAUUGGUCAACAAAGCAAUUUCAAGCCAUGAGCAGCAUAUCGUCGCACAUCAGAUGGUGUAUGACCGGCACUCCAGUGCAAAAUAGCCUCGACGAUCUCGGAGCCUUGGUACGAUUCUUACGCGUACCCAUGAUCGGCGAAGUCUCCAGUUUCCGCAAAUAUGUCUCAGGCAAGAACAAGAACAAGAACAAGAACAAGCUGGCAAACCUACAAAUCAACGACUACACUAAUUUGAAGCGGCUUAUCCGGGCAAUAUGCCUACGGCGAAACACAGACGUGCUGAACCUCCCGGGAGUUGAGUUUUGUACGCGCCAUCUGGUGUUCAGCGAGGACGAACGAAACGAAUACAAUGCCCUCGACUUUGCUUACCGGCAAGCCGUUCACCGAGCCGCCUUGGGCAGUGGCUCGAAAGGACAAAAUAGCGGAAGCAUUCUGGGCGCAGUCCUCAACAUGCGGCUCUUUUGCAAUCAAGGCUUGAAUCUCGGUCAAUAUCCCGGGGGUUUUCCAACAGACUCUGAUGAGAUUUUGAGUCUCAUGCAACAAAAGGGAGCGAGUUGUUGUGCCUAUUGCGGGUGCGACCUUACUAUGGUCACAGGUUCCGAGCCCGCCGAAAAGGCUCGCUUGACGGCUUGCCAUAUGCUCGUCUGCGGUGAUAUGGACUGCGCGCAGAGGUUCCGGGAUGCGCUUCGAGCCGGAGGCGAUCAUGGCUUCCCCGUCUGCCCCUUUUGUAAAAACAAACAUCGGGAUGACAAUCUCCUGGAUUUGGCGGAUGAGAAUAACGCAAAUAGCGCAGAGAAGCUCGUGCAGUCAGCGUACUCGUCAAAGCUCAAAGUACUACUUGAGAACGUGCAAAACAAGCCAACUGAGGAGAAGAGUAUCAUAUUCUCAUUCUGGAAGAGGACACUCGACACGGUGGGGAAAAUGCUUACCGAGAACGGAAUCUCGUAUUGCCAAGUUAACGGCAGCUUGAGUAAGAGCCAAAGAGUUGCAGCUCUUGAAGAAUUUCGAAGCAGCCCCAGAACAACGCUGCUUCUCAUCACUCUUGGCACCGGAUCCACAGGGCUGAACGACUUAAACGUUGCGAACUCGGUACACAUCCUCGAACCCCAGUGGAAUCCCUCGAUAGAGAGGCAAGCGAUCGGUCGAAUAUCAAGACUUGGACAGGAAAAAGCCGUGACUGUCUUCCGUUACAUUGUAGAUGAGAGCAUCGAAGAAGAAAUCGAAGACCGACAGGGCACGAAGUUGCAACUGGCCAUGGGCGGAGGGUUAUAUGAUGAAGGGUCGAAUGAUAAGGUGAAGCGGAGGGUUCAUCGGCAGCAACAGAUAGCGGCGCUGAAAAGGGUUGAGCCGGUCAAGAAGUGAUUAAUAAGGUGGUAGGAUCUUCAAGAUAAACACUAGCUCGAACCUUUAUCGUGCCUUAGGUAGGUAGGUAAUAAAAAUUAGUGGGAAAGAUGCACGCCUGCAUUGGGUUGGACCGGU